UUGUGAUGAUAUUGUUUUUCAGUUGAAAUGAUAUAGGUCAGCUAGCCGAAAAUGGUGAGUAAAACAGAAUCAGAUAGAGAUGUUGAGCGGGGAUCAGUCGAGUACAAUGUGACGAAGAGGCCCUCUCGGUCUACAGCUGGUAACAGAUAUGCGAAGUUACUGCAGGGGGAGUUAGAGAAGCUGAAAGACGAUUUCUACCAGGAGACGUACGGAGGCUUCAACGAAGAAGACAAUGACAACGACUUUGAAGGAGAUAAGAUGGAAGACGACGAUGUAUUAGACAGUGACUUUAACACCUCAGAUGAGGCAGAAGGUGACGAUGAGGGGGCAGGGGGAGGGGACAGUGGUGGAGAGGAAGGGGAGGGAAGGCGGAAACGGAAGACAAAACGAGUGCUCACCAGGGCCUACAAGGAACCGAAAAGAUUCAAGGAAGAAGAUCAACACAGAAAGCCGAGAAUGAGGUUUAUAACUGAUGGCCAGAAUACGAAUGAAAACGACUCAGAAGCCAGCAUUGCAGUAGCUUCUGAUAUGAAAUUGAGAAAGUCAACCAAAGACCGAAGAGACUUGAUACCCUCAGCGAGACCCUCUGGUGCGCCUAAGAGCAGGAGGAAAGUACAGUACAUGAGUCAGGAGGAGAGACUGAGGGAGGCCGAGAAGAUCGAAGUCAUCAACAAAGAGUCACUCGAAAAAUUUCUCAAACUAGAGGAAGAGAAAAAGGAGAAGCGACGUGUGAAAAAAGUUGACAAGGGACCUCAAAUAACUUUCAAAUCUUACUCGUGCAAAGACGAUGCCUCAAUGGAACCUAAAAGCUUCGUAGCUCUAAGUGCAAUUGAAGUUAAUGAUCUCCAUAACCCAUUAAGAAACGAUUCCAAAACAUCUCGAAAUGUCAUCAUUUUUCCAGAUGCGAAAACGUUGAAAGCGAACUUUCCUGCCCCAAACUUACAAUCCAGUUCCGAUUCGAGCGGUAAAUUAACUGGACGUAAUGGCGGUAGACUUAUUUGCCCAGUGACACGCCAGCCUGCGAGAUAUUUUGACCCAUUGACUCAACAGCCCUACUCUAGUUUGUCAGCGUUCAAAGUGUUGAGGCAAAUUUACAAGUUGAAGCUCAGUAUUUUACAUUCGACCGGUAACAAUCACCAAGAAACAACGGAUACUUAGAUAUCAAUGGAAGGAGUUUUGUGAGAGUUGAAAAUCAGAAGCUACGAUAAACGACUAAAAGCUUUUUUUGUCAAAAAUCUGAAGUUGAUUAACGAGAAAAGAAA